UGGGGAAGCUUUUGCAGCCAUUUCUCUCUACCAACUAAAUUCCUCCUCCCCCAAAUCAACCCUAUCCAUUACUUUUACUUGCCCCCAUUAGCUACCUCAUCAGCUGCAACACCGAUCCAAUUCUCCAUUUUAACACCUCGUGGAGAAGCAUAACCAGGAACAAUGGAGUCAGUGCACAAAAUCCUCGCAUCAGCGCGUGCAGCACCCUACGGAAAUCUCCUCCCAGCCGGGGACAACCUAUUUCUCUCCGUCGCCGAAGCAGUACAAGACCACAUGAGCAAUUACGAUGCAUCGCAUGACUUUAACCACAUUCUUCGGGUCCUGGCACUAUCUCAACAUAUCCUGCUCGCUGAAUUCAACACUACAAAGACUUAUGACCCUACCGUGGUCCUUCUCAGCGCCCUUCUUCACGACGUGAACGACAAGAAAUACGCCCCACCAGUCAUCGAAGGUCAGCAGCAGACCUCGAAAGUGACUCUGGUGUUGCAGCAAGCCGGAGCCUCGGCAGCCCUAGCAGCUAGGGUAGAAGAGGUGGUCAAUCACGUUUCGUACUCCACUGAGACCAAGGACCCAAAUAAGGUGCUGUCCGUUAUACAGCAACAUCCUGAACUUGCUAUCGUGCAGGAUGCGGAUCGUAUUGAUGCCAUUGGAGCCAUUGGGAUCGGUAGGACGUUUACCUUUACGGGCGCUAAGUUGGCGGGUGCUAGUAUGCAAAAUUCGAGAGAGCAUAUUGAUGAUAAGUUGGAGAAGUUGGAAGGGAUGAUGAAGACUGCUACUGGUAGACAGAUGGCUAGGGAUCGUACAGAGAGGUUGACCAUUUUCAAGAAGUGGUGGGAUGAGGAGACGAUGAUGGUGGGGGUUUAGCUGGUUGUUUGUUUCGCGGAGUGCUCUUGCAUGAUUAGAUCAUAGAGAGGAUGGCAUUUAGCUGCGAUAGAUCAGAGUUAGAGAAACUGUCUAUUGAUUGCUUUGACGUCUAUUUAUGCAGACUCGUAUCUAUCAUAUGAUUGUAUACUCUAUCACAAUCGAGCGUCUCGGGA